AUGAGAUACUCUGUGCUGCUCUUGACCCUGCUCGCCAGCUUGACCGCAGCACAGCAAAAGCCAGUCACGGUGCCUGAGCCUGGCGAACGCGUCUCACUCGAUAUACCUCCGCCCGCCCCUGCUCCAGCUCCAGCAGGACCACCUAUCCUCGCUCAACAAGCUCCACCAGUACCUGUCUUGCAAGCACCGGCACCUCCGCCUGCCGCUGAUUUGCCCCAAGUCGCAACUUUAUUGCCGUCAAAGCCAAUUGCGCUCCUGCGGGCUGCUCCCUUGCCACCAAUCAAAUCGCGUCCUCCUGCAGGUCGACCUGCUAUUCAAGGCGCGAUCAGACCGCAAGGAGUCAGCCGCCCGCCACCGCAACGUGCCGCCAGACAAGCACGUAUAUAG